GUGCAUGAAAUCAAAAAUCAAAACCUGUGAUCAUAACAAUGAAACUUACCUCACUUGGAAAGCUAUAAAUUAUAAAACUUAACAACUAACCACGUUGAACUAAAUCCUAAAUCCGAAUCGAUUAGAAUUUAAAACUCAAUAGGUGCUAAACCCAGUACAAUACAUUUACCGCGACAGAAUUAGAUAAAAAAUGAAGAUUUCUGAGCUACCAGGCGAUGAGGAUUCUGGAGUGACUUGUCGAACAUACGUCUUCCAAAAUGAAAGUCACACUUUGGGAAAUGCUUUAAAAUGUAUAAUAAAUAGAUAUGAAGAUGUCCAGUUUUGUGGCUACACAGUCCCUCACCCAGCAGAGGAUAAAAUGCAUUUUAGGAUACAAACCCAGGAAACACCAGCACUAGAAGUUUUAAAAAGAGGCCUUAAAGAUUUACAGAAAGUAUGCGAUCAUACAAUACAAUCAUUUGAAAAGGAGGUAAAAGAGUUUAAUAAAACAUAAAUUAACAGAAAA